AGGGCUACCGCCUCCGCGCGUCCCUCCAGGUCUGGCCACUCCGUCCCGGAGCUCAAGGAGCGAGGGUGGCAGAAGGGGCGCACCCCGGCCGGAUUCGAAUGGACCUCCCGCGCCGCAGGCUGUUCCGGAUGCUGCUGAUCUUCGCCGCCAGCUCCGGGGUCCUCCUCACGCUGUAUUCCUCGGUGGGACAGCGAUCCCAGGAGCCCGGGGCCCCGGCCAGGAGCAUCACAUCACCGCGAGCAUUUGAACCCAAGGCACCGAAUGCCGAAAACAGAAAGCCACAGAGGCAGCUUUGUCAGCACCGGCUCUCCCUGGCCGUUCACAAGGACCACCACUUCCGGGGCCUGUUUGAUCUCUCCACCCCAGUGCUGCUGUGGGGCGGCCUCUCCACUCAAGAACUCUGGAACAAUCUGAGCCACUAUAAAGUCCCCUAUGGGUGGCAGGGGCUCUCCCGCGAAGCUAUCAUGUCUACCCUAUGCCUUCUCAAGAACCCCGAGAACGCUGAGCUGUUCGGUCCUUCCAAACCACUAAGCUGUAUUCGGUGUGCUGUGGUGGGUAACGGAGGCAUUCUGAACGGAUCCCGUCAGGGUCAGAAAAUCGAUGCCCAUGACUAUGUGUUCAGACUCAACGGAGCGGUGAUCAAAGGCUUCGAGCGCGACGUGGGCAACAAAACCUCCUUCUAUGGCUUUACCGUGAACACCAUGAAGAAUUCCCUCAUCUCCUACUCCAGCCUGGGCUUCACCUCUGUACCACAAGGGCAGGACCUGCGCUACAUCUUCAUCCCCUCGAGCAUCCGUGAAUACCUGAUGCUGAGAUCUGCCAUUCUGGGUGUGCCUGUCCCAGAGGGCCCUGAUAAAGGGGACAGGCCUCACACCUAUUUUGGACCAGAAACCUCUGCCAGUAAAUUCAAGCUCCUGCAUCCAGACUUCAUCCGCUACCUGACAGAGAGGUUUCUGAAGUCCAAGCUGAUGAACACACGUUACAGAGACAUGUAUAUGCCCACCACAGGAGCGCUUAUGCUGCUGACAGCCUUGCACACCUGUGACCAGGUCAGUGCCUACGGAUUCAUCACAAGCAACUACCAGCAAUACUCAGACCACUAUUUCGAGCGAGAAAAGAAACCAGUGAUAUUCUACGCAAACCAUGAUCUGACCCUAGAAGCUGCCCUGUGGAAGAGUCUACACAACGCUGGCAUCCUUUGGCUGUACCAGCGCUGACCCCGAAGAACCCAUUUCUUUGCUUCGAAAGCACUUUUUCUUGACCUUUCAACCUUUGGAAGAGGCAUCAGUCCCCUUGACCCUCUGCUUCCCCAGAGGGUACUGAGACAAGACUCUACUUGACCCUUGACCCUCUACUUCCCCAGAGGGUACUGAGACAAGACUCGUGGCCACAUCACCAGAGCCUGUUCAAUGCACGACAGUCUUGACUUGAGCCAACUCUUCUGGGCUUAGCCAGGGGAGGGCAGACUGCUUUGCAGAGUUAGUUCAUUUUCACCCCCCAAAAUGAGACAGUGAUCCUCACCAGCAAAGACCCUGAUAGUUUAAAGCUAGCACCUGAUCCUGAACUAGGAACAUUAAGCCAUUCAGGGCUAUCUGGAAACCAGUAUCGAGCCGAGACCAAACCCUAGCCAAAACCAAUGGCGUGCCAAAUUCCAAAGCUAUUCAACCUGUGAGGACAUCUUAAGCUUUCUGAGAACAUGACAUUUUUGCCUUGUGACAGAACCACAGGCAGAAUGUAAUUUGAGGCUAGCUAAUAGGGUAAGUGCCGGAUGACCACUGUCUCUCCCCGUGUGUCGGUUUGGAGGGAGUGGUGAGGUGCAGCUCAGGACUGUGUCACACGGAAGUCCUACUGGAGAUGUAUUCACCAUCACUCCUUGUCACCAACAGGAUACUAGAGUGACGGACCCUCAUCCUUGCAUCACAGCUUCAAUAAACACCAACUGAGGCA